UACAUUGGAAUUUAACCUUCUUGAAUAAUUGGUGUAUUGUCACCAAAACAGAAAGUAAAUGUUACCAUUUCUUUCACUGCUUUGCUUGCAGCAAAGAAAGACAUAUCAGUGAUACUCAACUCAGUCAGCGUGUUCACAGAGGAAAAUGGUUAGCCUUUCAUUAUCCCGCUAUCUGUAUCCAUUUGAAACACUUAGCUACCCGAAGAAGCAACUUUCAGUAAUCUAAUCCAAUAAUUCACGCAGAAAGUGAUUGUGACUCCUCCUUCCCUGACUACGACCAUAAAACGCCAAAAGGUUUUUUCAAGUUAAAAAGUUUUAAUUAGGACAAUCAGCGCCAUAUUGAAAUCUUGUUCCUUAUCGCGUCAGCAAUCAUGUGAUAAUAUAGCUUGCACUCAUUGGCUUGAUCUUUUUUGGCCAGAUCAGAGGAAAGAUAAAGAAUGGGAAAAUAUUAACUUAAUUUCUAUGGAAAGAAGCAAUGGAUCUACUUCUGAUGUUCAAAAAUAUUUUAUUUUUAUUGUAUUUAAACUUUAAAUGUGAAAAAGUAAAUGGGAAUACUUUGGAUCCGACUUUAUGUGCAGGUAUUUUACCUGCGGAUCUUCUAGAGGAAAGUAUUCCAAAGUACGGAUUUUUACCAAGUGGAGUGAGCGUUUUGUAUGACACCAACAGUCACGCGCAUGCGUACAGGUUCUCAAGAAACAAUGUUGAUUUACAGUUUCCCGUCUCCAAAAUAUUCAAAAACUGUCUUUUUUUCCCAGAUGAAUUUUCAAUAUUCUUUGUGAUAAAACAUGAAAGUGUGUAUGAUAAAAAAGAAUGUAUACUACGUAUAGGAAACAAAAAUUCAACUUUAGUAUCAAUUCAAUUUUCUAGAAAAUACAUCAUAUUUACUUAUAACAACAGAAAAGUGCAGUACAGGAACUUUGCAUUGAAAGACAAAAAGUGGCAUUCUGUAGGAUUUAGUGUAUCAUCAACUGAUAUCACUAUGACAACGGAUUGUAUAAAUAAAAGAAGAAAAAGACUGAAAAGAAAAUGGCCCUCAAUUCUUCCACUUAACAACUCUACUUUUCAAAUUGCAAGCUGUGCACCAGGACAUGGAGUUACACUGGGACAGAUAAAAGAUUUGAUCUUCAUCCCGGGAGCGGACGCCGCCGUUAGAGCGUGUCCACCCAAAACACCCCAGCAUCGUCACCUUGACAACCGACUUCCAGCAGUCCCAGGCCGAUUAAUUGACAUAUACCGGAUUGGCUCGCCAGGGCCCCGAUGGGAUGACUGCACAUGGACAGACGUGGGAAACAUCGCCUAUGACCUUCACGCUAAAUCUCUCAAGGUUUGCGUCAAUGGAAUCUGGCAGCAUGUCACCGUAAAUAUACAAGCUCCAUCAAAGGUUCCAAAUUUACCACGUCGAUUAGAUUACAUAGACUUCCAUCAAGACAUCCGUACGCCAGGCCCUUCUAUAGACGUGGAGGUAUUCACUAUAAAGGGGGAGGGGAUCUUUGCCGUCUUUGCCUCCAGUAGACCUAAAAAAUCGAGAAAAAAAGACAUUUCAAUUAUAUAUAAAUGGAGGAAAAAGAGGUUUGUUUUCUAUCAGCGUAUGGACACAGAUGCCGCACAAUGCUGGAAAUUCUUCACUAUUGACAACAACUUUUUCCUUGCAGUUGCAAACUACGGCAAAGCUUCUGGUGUGCAAAGCAAUUCUACAAUAUAUAAAUGGCAUAAACGGCGGAAAAAGUUCAAGGAAUUUCAAACUAUACUCACCUGGACAGCGAGGGACUUUGAGCAUUUUGUCAUCAACGAUGAAAAUUAUCUAGCUGUCACUAACUAUGCCAAAGGUGCUAGCCAUAAGGUUGACUCUGAAAUCUACAAAUGGAGUACAAAAUUGCGCCGCUUUGAAUUAUUCCAGAGUUUAUUAACGACGGGCGCCUACGACUGGACCUACUUCCGGGUGAAUGGAUAUCAUUUCCUGGCCGCCGCGCAGGCCUUUGACGGAUUUAGCACGCUUAUUGAUUCCAACAUCUAUGUUCUACAAGACAAGAAGUUUGUUCUCUUCCAAACAAUAGAGACAAAUGGUGCCACAGACGUGGAAUUCUUCAAGAUAGGAGACUCCAUUUUCCUUGCAGUGGCCAAUGCGUAUAAUUAUGGACCUCAGAAUAUUAACAAAAAGCAGGAAUACUUUACAAACUCAACCAUAUACAAACUGGAUAAGGGGAGAAGGGUGUUUAAAACAUUCCAAACCAUUCAGACAUUUAGUGCAGUGGACUGGGAAUUUGUAACCAUUGGUGACGAGCACUUCCUAAUCGUCUCAAAUGCGCAGAAUCGCGCGCUGGAAGGUGAUCACCUGACAAGUAUCUACAAAUGGCGGGGUGUAGAAAAGUUCGUCCGAGUUCACCAGAUGGACGUUUUACCAAACGCGGACUGGGAGAUAUUCACAUACAAAAAAGACGUUUAUUUUCUAUACUCUAAUGCAAAAGGCAAAACUUCACAGGUUUUGAAAGCAUAUUUUAUGCCACCUUGA